GGACAAAAUAAACUUAUGGACGAACUAAGACCAAACCUAGGCCUCUUAGGCGUUGGUCUCGUCGAGAACGAUACUUUUCAUUUGAAUCACAAUCAGGAAAAGAGGAAGUGCAGCAGUACCAGUUCUAACGAACAGGACUUUGGGCUGUAUGGAGUUCAUCAAGGAAUCGAAGCGAGUCCGCCGACGCCCGCCGCGACGCCUGGAAGGAACAGCGUUGGUGCUAAUAGUACUGUUGGAGUCGAAGGAGCCUUCAAAAAAUUGAAACCAGAACCCUGCGCCUCAAGCCCACACAUUGGUCACACCCCAACCACCGCAAGUUGUCCAACGCCCGCUCGACGGCGGCACAGAACCACCUUCACCCAGGAGCAGCUAGCGGAAUUGGAAUCGGCGUUUGCGAAAUCCCAUUACCCGGACAUAUACUGCAGAGAGGAAUUAGCGAGGAGCACGAAAUUGAACGAGGCUAGAAUCCAGGUCUGGUUCCAGAACAGGAGAGCGAAAUACCGAAAGCAGGAAAAGCAACUACAGAAAGCUCUCGCACCAAUUCCAGCCUGUCAGGGAGCUAUGAUGAGGAAUAUUUACCCUGGUGCUGGCAGAGGUUAUCAACCCUACCCCCACCCACACAACAGUAUAAACGGAAUCAAUCGUUACCCUCAGAUGGGAACGACAUCGUAUCCUAGUAUGACUCAACCGUUUUCCAUGUCGCAUUCAGCAUCGAACAUGUCGGCAGUUACUGGCAUGCGACAAGAUGCAAUGGGGAUGUCAGCUGAAGAUGAAUGGUACAACAAAAGCAUCUCGGCCCUGAGAAUGAAUACAGCUCAUCAUCCGAACCUUGCUGCGCCGAUGUUGCAGUACCAAACAUAAUUUUAGGCGACGAAGGGCG